AUGCCGGACAACUUCAGCCUAAAACGAACCGGGAAGCUGGGAUUUAUUUGUAUCAUGCGGAAGCUAGCCAGAACAAACACUGCCCAAGGAUGGGGAGGACUCGGUAGUGAUCCGCAGCCACACCCGGCGGUGCCGCGCUCGCGCCUCGCCCGCGCCUUGUCUCCUUAUUUGGAUUUGGAUCUCCGCAUGUGGCUGAGGUGCAACCCGAGCCCAACAAACUCGACAAGCAUAAAAUUACAGGCCAGCGAUCAAAGGCCGUUUGACAAUACAAUACGGAUAAACUCCAACCACUUGAGCACUGGCAUACGGGCUGCCAGGUGGCAAAUUAAUGCUCCAGACAUGACUAAUCAGUCGUACCCGGCCGACAACGACAUCGACGACAUCAAAGCCAUCUUCCCAUUAUCUACCGAGAACACAUUCCACCGGACAGCAGAUCAUCGAACAAUGGCGAUCACGACGACCCAUCGCCCAGAGACGACCCAAAUCCUCAACCACUCACAACCACCUCGUUCCUUCCCUUUCACCCCCUUCCUCCGCCAGACCCACCGCCAUUCUCUCCUCCCUUCCUCCCACGGCGACGGGAACGCAACAACAGCAGCAAACGGCGCCUCGAGCAAUGACAACACCACAACAACAACAGCAGGAGGAGGAGGAGGAGGAGGCGGCGGCGGUCGCGGCCCCUCGCUAGUCUGCAAGCACUGGCUCCGCGGCCUCUGCAAAAAGGGCGAGCACUGCGAGUUCCUGCACGAGUACAACCUCCGCAAGAUGCCCGAGUGCAACUUCUUCACCCGCAACGGCUACUGCUCCAACGGCGAGGAGUGCCUCUACCUCCACAUCGACCCGCAGUCCAAGCUCCCGCCCUGCCCGCACUACGACCAGGGCUUCUGCCCCCUCGGCCCCCGCUGCGCCAAGAAGCACGUCCGCCGAACCAUCUGCCUUUUCUACCUUGCCGGCUUUUGCCCCGAUGGCCCUGGCUGCAAGGCUGGCGCCCACCCGCGCUGGCGCAACGAUCUUGACCGGCCCCGCGCCAAGUCGGAGGUUGCGCGCGAGGAGGGCGAGGUGCGGAGGGAGGAGGAUCUCGCUGGUCGUGGCGACGCUGGUGGCCUUGGGCGUGGCAGCUUUGACGGUAUGCCGAGGGAUGGCAGGGACCGGGAUGAUCGCGGUCACGGGGAUAGGAGAUUUGGGCCUGGUGGGCGGGGAGGCAAGUGGAGGGAUCGUGGCGGCCCGAGGAGUCGGGUGCACCGACUCGAUCUGUACUACAUGAUGAAAUUUGCUGUUUGA